GACAUGACGCGUACCCUGUCGCGAUCUCGAGUUGGUGACGUCAGCACCCCUUCGAGAUCAGCUCAUCUCGAUCUCGACAAAGACGUUGUCUUUGACUUUGGUGUUUCUGUUCCCCCCUCUUGCUCUGGUGUUGACUCUUUACCAGAAGUAGGUAAUGUUGCUUUGCUCUCUUCUGUCCCUUCGGUUUCUUCUCUCUCUCCUUCUCCUCCUGCUUGGUUUGCUGCUUUCCAGGCCAAGUUUGAGCGCCAUGAGGAGCGUUUGGCCCAACUGGAGUCCCUGGUCGCCGAGAACUCUGCUCUCAAGAAGGAGCUGGCUGCCGCCCGUUCCAGAAUCUUGGAGCUUGAGUCCCAAGCAGGCUCAUCUGCUGCCUCUCCUUGGCUGUGCCCAUGGAGGAUGAUCUGGUUGCUGCUCCCUCUUCUUCUGUCUCGCCUUCUGCUGCUGGCUCCAAGUGGGCUCAAGUUGCCAAGAAGAACCCUACGCCUGCUGAGGCCUUUGGUAGGCCCAAAAAGUCCGACUCUCCCUCGGUUGCCAAGGCCAAACCCAAGGCUAGGAUUACGCCUAAGCAACGCAAGGCCGCUGCCCGUAUCUUUCUCGUCUCUUCUCCUGGCUGGUACUUGUGUAGACGGACCUCUUUAUGAGUACGUCUACUUGCCCAACAAGUACCGUGACCGUCUCUCUGCCAUCCGCCGCAAGCUGCGACUGAUCGGGCUGGAUAACAGCCGUGUACUUGAUGUGCACUAUCCGGCUCGUAACGUCGUAGCCUUGUUGAUCCAUUCGGCCUAUAAGGAGGAUCUCCUUAAGGUCAUGGCCAAGUACUCGCUUCCGGUCUUGACUGACUUUGAUCCUUUCUCUGCGGCCAACGUCAAGGAUCCUGCCUUUGCGUCUUUGGAUGCUGAUGCUCUCUCUGCCAAAGCACGCGAGUUGCAGCAAGCUCGUCUUGUCCGUGCUCUGGGAUUCAUCAGAGAACAAGUACGUAGACAGGUGGCCUACGACUUUGUCCGUCAAGGCUGGUUGUCGAAAGAACAAGCUGGCUCCGUGGUUGGUUCUCUCUCCGCUGUGGCUAGUGCUGGUGCUUGUGCUAGUGCUGACGCUCCUUCUGUCCCUCCUUCUAGUAUGGAUUUUACCUUGGCCGGUGAUGGUGAACCGGUCUCCUCCUCUUAAUGAGCGAGGUACCUAUGGCUCCUUAUGCUUCUAUGCCCCCUUCCUCUCCUUCUUCCUAUGACUUCACCAUGACUAUAUGGAAUGCUAAUGGUAUUGCUCGUCAAGCCAUUAGCACUGUAACCGACUACCUCUAUGAUUCCUCACUCAUUUUCAUCACCGAAACCUGGCUUCUUCCUCCUCUCCGCUUCCCUACCUCUUGGCAACAGUACCACACCUAUGGUCAACCUGUUGCUGACUCUUUCCGU